AUGCUCUUGCCCUCCAAGAAGGACCUCAAGACCGCCCUGGAGGUCUUUGCUCUUUUCCAGUGGGCCCUCAGCGCCUUGGUUAUCGUAAGCACUGUGAUCCUUGUCAACCUCUACCUGGUAGUGUUCACGCCAUACUAGCCUGUCACUGUGAUCAUGCUCACCUGGCUGGCUUUUGACUGGAAGACCCCUGAGCGAGGUGGCUGCCGGUUUACCUGCGUAAGGCACUGGUGCCUGUGGAAACAGUACUGUGAUUACUUCCCACUCAAGCUUUUGAAGACUCACGAUCUCUCCCCCAGCCUCAACUACAUCCUCGCCUGCCAUCCUCAUGGGCUCAUGUCCCACUCAUGCUUUGGCCACUUUGCCACAGAGAAGUCAGGCUUCUGCAAGAUCUUUCCUGGCAUCACUCCUUAUAUCCUCACACUGGGGGACUUUUUCUGGGUGCCUUUCCUCAGAGAAAAUGUCAUGUCUACAGGGGCCUGCUCUGUGAGCCAGUCCUCCAUGGACUUCCUGCUUAUCCGUAGAGGCACAGGCAACAUGCUGAUCGUGGUGGUCAGUGGCCUGGCUGUGUGCAGAUACACAGCCUUGGUCUUGAAGAACCGCACCGGCUUUGUACGCACGGCCCUUCGGCAUGGGGUGGCUCUAAUCCCUGCCUACGCCUUUGGGGAGACAGAACUCUACAUAAAGCAGAUUUUCACUCCCGGGGGCUUCAUUAAUCGCUUCCAAAAGUGGUUCCAGAGUAUGGUACACAUCUACCCUUGUGCUUUCUACAGGCACGGCUUCAUUGAGAACUUCUGGGGCCUUCUGCCCUACGCUCGGCCUGUAACCACCAUUGUUGGGAAGCCUCUACCACCGCCCAAGAUUGAGAACCCGAGCAAGGAGACGGUGAUAAAAUACCAUGUGGUCUAUAUCGAUGCCCUGCACAAACGCCAGCACAAGACCAAGUUUGGCUUCUCAGAGACCCAGGAGCUGCUCUUAAGCAGCCCCAUCUUCUGGCAUCAAGGCUCCUCCAGGACUGGCGGCCUUGAGAUCCAGGAAGCCUCCAGGCAGGGACGGGGCUUGAGGCAGCACCAGGGUGGCCUCAGAACUCUGUGGUGUUGGGCCCAUCUGGAACCUUCCAUCCAGAGGCAGAAGCUGGGAGAGUGCCCUGAGGAAGGAAGCACUCUGACCAAGGCUGUGGCCAUGCUUUCCCUGCCUGGCCGGGAUCCUGAUGGGGGCCGAGAACUUCCAGCCUCGAGUCUGUGGGUGGUAGAAAUAAGGGGGCCGUGUGGGACAUGGACUGUUCCCCCUCACCCUGCUGAGUCUGGAGGUUGGGGCUCCUUCACCUCGGGCAGGUCGCCUUCCGUCUCUGGGCCUCAGUUUCCACAUGAGUAA